AUGUCUAACGGUUACCGUACUUUGUCGCAGCACCUGAAUGACCUGAAGAAGGAGAACUUCAGCCUCAAGCUCCGCAUCUACUUCCUGGAGGAGAGGAUCCAGCAGAAGUUCGAGGAGAGCAGUGAGGAUGUCUACCGCACGAACAUCGAGCUGAAGGUGGAAGUAGAGAGCUUGAAGCAGGAGCUCCAAGAGAAACAGCAGCUUCUGGACAAAGCCCUCACGACAGCAGUGAGCUUGACCAAUCACAAUGAGGCAGAGCUGCAGAGACGGUGUCAGGAGAGGCAGCAGGAAAUCGACCACAUGCAGCAAGUGCUCGAGACCAAGAUCCAGCUCCUGCAGGAGGAGGCCCAGCUGGCACGCAGCGAGGCAGGGAGGAUGGUCUCGCUGGCUGGAUCCCACUCCCGCGCCUCGCUCCUCUCCAUAGACAUCCCCAUGGAGGACAUCCCAGAGGACGAGAGGCCUCCAAGCGUCCUGUCCCCAUUCAACACCAGCAAAGACAGAUUAAUAGAGGAGCUGUCCAUAGAGCUUCGCUUCAAGGAGGCUGUCAUCACAGAGCUGAGCGGAGAGAAGACGACGCUCACACUCAGAGUGGGAGAGCUGGAGGGACAAGUGGACGAGCUGUCUUCAUCCCUGCUGCAGAAGGACAAGGAUGUGGAGGUAUAA